UACGAUUCAAAGGUCUAAAGCAAAAGACGUAAAUAUUAUUUUAUAAGGCAAAGAUACUCUAACAUGUCAAAAAAAACACCCCAAACUCCACCAGCCACCCUUUCAACUGAAACUUAAAGAACUGAUGUAGUGAAAUGGAGAAAAUGAGAACAGUCGCCUGAAAGUCGCCAUUGGUGAAGUGAUGAAGAACAUUUCCUGGCUUGGUCUGAAACUUGUCAAUUUUGUGAGUCUUGGCUGCAUAUGGAUUUCUGUGGUACAGUGUGCAGUUUUAAACAGCUGCCUAAAGUCAUGUGUGACUAACCUGGGCAGGCAGCUUGACAUUGGCAUGCCAUAUAAUCUGAGUGAACCGUGCAUCCAAGGAUGUCAUUUUUGGAACUCUGUAGAUCAGGAAAACUGUCCUUUAAAGUGUAACGACACAUAUGCCACUGUUUGUGAGCGAGAAUCAUGUGAGGUUGGCUGCAGAGGUGCUGAAGGUGCGUACGAAGAGGAAGUGCUGGAAAAUGCAGACCUCCCCACAGCACCCUUUGCUUCUUCCAUUGGAAGCCAUAGUGUGACAUUACGAUGGAAAUCUGCCAACAUCUCUGGAGUCAAAUACAUCAUUCAGUGGAAAUACGCACAACUUCCUGGAAGCUGGACUUAUACUGAGGCUGUGUCCAAGCUCUCAUACACGGUAGAAUCCCUGCAUCCCUUCACUGAGUAUAUGUUUCGAGUGGUCUGGAUCCUCACAGCCCAGCUACAGCUAUCUUCUCUGCCAAGUCCCAGUUACAGGACUCAUCCUUAUGGAGUUCCGGAAACUGCUCCUUCCAUCAGAAAUAUCGAGAGCUCAAGUCCCGACACCGUGGAAGUCAGUUGGGCUCCACCACAAUUCCCGGGAGGACCUAUUUUGGGUUAUAACUUAAGGCUGAUCAGCAAAAAUCAACAAUUAGAUUCAGGGACACAGAGAACCAGUUUCCAGUUUUACUCCACUCUACCAAACACCACCUACAGGUUUUCCAUUGCAGCAGUAAAUGAAGUUGGUGAGGGGCCAGAAGCAGAAUCUAGUAUUACCACUCCAUCCUCAGCAGUUCAAGAAGAGGAACAGUGGCUCUUUUUAUCCAGAAAAUCUUCUCUAAGAAAGAGAUCUUUAAAACAUCUGGUAGAUGAAGCACAUUGCCUUCAUUCAGAUGCUAUAUACAGUAAUAUUACAGGAAUAUCGAUUAAUGUCCACCAGCAAGUUGUGUAUUUCUCUGAAGGAACUCUCAUAUGGGUGAAAGAGGCUGCCAACAUGUCUGAUGUGUCUGACCUGAGAAUUUUUUACAGAGGCUCAGGAUUAAUUUCUUCCAUCUCCGUAGACUGGCUUUAUCAGAGGAUGUAUUUCAUCAUGGAUGAACGGGUAUACACCUGUGAUUUAGAGAACUGCUCAAACACUGAGGAAAUUACUCCUCCGUCAAUUACCACACCUCAAAAAAUUGUGGCUGAUUCAUACAAUGGGUACGCGUUUUAUCUCCUGAAAGACGGCAUUUAUAGAGUAGAUCUCCCUGUGCCAUCUGGUUGGGACUCAGAAGCCCUGCGUAUUGUGGAGAGUUGCACGUUAAAGGACUUUGCAGUGAAGCCACAGUCCAAACGAAUCAUUUAUUUCAAUGACACCGCUCGUGUCUUCAUGUCAACGUUUCUGGACGGCUCUGCUUUCCAUCCUGUCCUAGCUCAUGUCUCCUUUGCCGAUGUGAAGAGCUUUGCUUGUGAAAACAAUGACUUCCUUGUCACAGAUGGCAAGGCUGUUUUCCAACAAGACUCUUUGUCUUUCAAUGAGUUCAUCGUGGGAUGCGACCUGAGUCACAUAGAAGAGUUUGGGUUUGGGAACUUGGUCAUCUUUGGCUCCUACGCCCAGCCACACCCCAUGCCGGGCCGCCCCCAGCAGCUCUCCGUGCUCUUUGGCUCCCACCAGGCCCUGGUUCAGUGGAAACCCCCUGCCCUCGCCAUAGGAGCCAGCCCCUCCGCCUGGCAGAACUGGACUUAUGAGGUGAAAGUAUCAACCGAGAACUUUCCUGAAAUCACUCGGAUUUUCUCUAACAUAAGUGGGACCGUGCUUAACGUGCCUGAGCUGCAGAGUGCUGCAAGAUACAAGGUUUCUGUGAGAGCCGGUUCUCCCAAGGGGCCAGGCCCUUGGUCGGAGCCCUUGGUGGGCACCACUCUGGUGCCAGCUUCAGAACCACCAUUUAUCAUGGCUGUGAAAGAAGAUGGGCUUUGGAGUAAGCCAUUAAAUAGCUUUGGCCCAGGAGAGUUCCUGUCCUCUGAUAUAGGAAAUGUGUCAGACAUGGACUGGUAUAACAACAGCCUCUACUACAGCGACACGAAAGGUGAUGUUCAUGUGUGGCUGCUGAAUGGGACGGAUAUCUCAGAGAAUUAUCGCAUACCCAACAUUGCAGGAGCAGGGGCUUUAGCUUUUGAUUGGCUGGGUCAAUUUCUCUACUGGGCUGGAAGGACGUAUGUGAUACAAAGGCAGUCUCUGUUGACAGGGCACACGGACAUUGUGACCCAUGUGAAGUUGCUGGUGAACGACAUGGCGGUGGAUUCGGUCGGAGGAUAUCUCUAUUGGACCACACUACACUCAGUUGAAAGCACCAGGCUAAACGGAGAAAGUUCCCUUGUAAUACAGGCACAGCCUUGGUUUUCUGGGAAAAAGGUAGUUGCUCUAACUUUAGACCUUAGUGAUGGACUCCUGUAUUGGUUGGUUCAAGACAGUCAAUGCAUUCACCUGUACACAGCUGUUCUUCGAGGGCAGAGUGCCGGAGAUAUCAACAUCACGGAGUUUGCAGCCUGGAGUACUUCUGAAAUUUCCCAGAAUACACUGAUGUACUAUAGUGGUCGGCUCUUCUGGAUCAAUGGCUUUAGGAUUAUCACAGCUCAGGAAAUAAGUCAGAGAACCAGUGUCUCUGUUUUGGAACCAGCCAAAUUUAAUCAGUUCACAAUCAUUCAGACAUCCCUCAAGCCUCUGCCAGGGAACUUUUCUGUUACCCCUAAGGUUAUCCCAGAUUCUGUUCAAGAGUCUUCCUUUAGGAUUGAAGGAAAUGCUUCAAGUUUUCAAAUCCUGUGGAAUGCUCCCCCAGCAGUGGAUUGGGGUAGAAUUUUCUACAGUGUGGAUUUCAGUUCUCAUUCUAAGUUCCUGGCUAGUGAGCAGCAGCUUUCACCUGUAUUUACUGUGGAAGGGCUGGAGCCGUAUGCCUUAUUUAAUCUCUCUGUCACUCCUUAUACGUACUGGGGAAAGGGCCCCCAAACAUCUCUGUCACUUCGAGCACCUGAAACAGUUCCGUCGGCACCCCAGAAUCCCAGGAUAUUUAUAUUACCAAGUGGGAAAUACCAUAACCAGAACGAAGUUGUGGUGGAAUUUAGAUGGAAUAAGCCUAAGCAUGAAAACGGUGUGUUAACGAGAUUUGAAAUGUUCUAUCAAAUAUCCAACCAGAGAGACACAAAUAAAACAUUUGAAGACUGGAUGGCUGUCAAUGCAACCCCCUCAGAGAUGUCUUUUCAGCUUGAAGGCAUGAGUCCCGGGUACACUGUUGCCUUCCAGGUUCGAGCCUUCACAUCCAAAGGACCUGGACCAUUUUCUGACACAGUAAAGUCCAGAACCUCAGAAAUCAACCCAUUUCCAUAUCUCAUGACUCUUUUUGACAGCAAGAUCGUUUUAUUAGAUAUGGAUCAAAAUCACAUUGUAUGGACAUUUUCAGCAGAAGGAGACAUCAGUACCAUGGGCUACACAGCUGAUAAUGGAAUGGGAUAUUAUGCUCAAGGAGACUCACUCUGCCUUCUGAACAUGCACAACAGAUCCAGCUCUGAGAUUUUCCGAGAUGCACUGGUCUUUGAUAUCACAAUUAUUACAAUUGACUGGAUUUCAAGGCAUCUCUACUUUGUGCUAGAAGAAUCACAAAAUGGCAUGCAAAUAUUUGAUGUUGAUCUUGAACACAAGGUGAAGUACCCCAGAAAGCUGGACAUCUGCAAUAGAAAUUCAACAAUAAUCUCUUUUUCUGUAUAUCCUUUUUUAAGUCGCCUGUAUUGGACAGAAGUUUCCGAUUUGGGCCCUCAGAUGUUCUACUACAGUAUUAUCAACCAGACCUUGAGUCACAUUCUUCCACCCACAGCCACAAACCAUUCAAAUGGAAGGAAACAGUGUUUUUGCAGCAUUACUCAAUUCGAGUUUAGUGGAGCAAUGACUAUUGACACCUCUGAUCUAGAGAGACCACAGAUAUAUUUUGUCAAAGGGCAAGAGAUCUGGGCCAUGGAUCUGGAAGGAUGUCGGUGUUGGCGAGUUAUCAUGGUGCCUACUCUGCUUGGAGAAAUGCUUGAAAGUUUAACUGUGGAUGGGGAAUUUCUCUACUGGAUCUCCUCAGCAAAGGACAGCACACAGAUUUAUCAAGCAAAGAAAAGCAAUGGGGCCAUCCUCUCCCGGGUGAAGGCCCAAGGGAGUAAGCAUAUCUUGGCUUACAGUUCAGUUCUGCAGCCUUUUCCAGAUAAAGCAUUACUGUGUCUAGCUUCAGAUGUCGCAGAGCCAACUAUACUUAACACCACUAACAGCAGCCUCACAAUCCGAUUACCGCCUACCAGGGCAAAUCUCACGUGGCACAGCAUCACUUGCCCUACUCCAACAUACCUGGUUUAUUACCAAGAAGUUAACGGUGGGAAAAAUAGCUCUGGGCUGAAAUAUAAAAUGCUGGAAUCUCAGGAGAGGAUAGCCUUUAUUGAAGGUUUACAACCAUUUUCAACAUAUGUGAUACAGACAGCUGUAAAGAAUUAUUAUUCAGACGCUAUGGAACAGUUACCUCUGGGAAAGGAGAUUUGGGGAAAAACUAAAAGUGGAGUGCCAGAAGCAGUUAGGCUCAUUAACACAACUGUGCAGUCAGACACCCGCCUACUUGUAUCCUGGGAAGAAUCUCACAAGCCAAAUGGACCUAUGGAGUCAGUUCGCUAUCAGCUGGAAAUCUCACAUCUGGCCCUAAUUCCAGAGACUCCUCUAAGACAAAGUGAAUAUCCAAAUGGAAAACUCUCUCUCCUUGUUACUAGACUAUCUGGUGGAAAACCAUAUGUAUUAAAGGUUCUGGCCUGCCAUGCUGAGGAAAUGUGGUGUGCCGAGAGCCAUCCCGUCACUGUCAAAAUGUUUGACACACCAGAGAAACCCUGUGCCUUGGUUGCAGAGAACACUAGUUUGCAAUUAGAAUGGAAGGCUCCAUCUAAUGUUAACCUCAUCAGAUUUUGGUUUGAACUCCAGAAGUGGAAGUAUAAUGAGUUUUACCGUGUGAACACUUCAUGCAUCCAAGGCCCUACUUAUGUCUGUAGCAUCACAGAUCUACAGCCUUAUAUGUCCUAUAACAUCCGCGUAGUGGUGGUUUAUAGGACAGGAGAAAAUAGCACCUCACUCCCAGAAAGCUUUAAGACAAAAGCUGGAGUCCCAAGUAAACCAGGCAUUCCAAAAUUAUUAGAAGGGAGUAAAGAUUCAAUACAGUGGGAAAAAGCUGAAGAUAAUGGAAGCCGGCUUAUGUACUAUGUCCUUGAGGUCAGAAAGGGUACUUCAAAUGAUUCACAGAACCAGAAUUUAAUGUGGAGGAUGGCAUAUAAUGGAUCCUGCGGUAGUAUUUGCACAUGGAAGUCCAAAAACCUGAAAGGAACAUUUCAGUUCAGAGUGGUAGCUGCAAAUAAUCUGGGAUUUGGUGACUAUAGUGGAAUCAGUGAGAAUAUUAUGUUAGUUGGAGAUGGUUUUUGGAUAUCAGAAAGAAGCUUUAUACUUAUUAUUAUAAUUGGAAUAUUUCUGGUUGUUAUAAUCUCAUUGAUUUUUGUCUGGCAUAGAAAAUUAAAGAAGCAAAAAACUCCCAUGGAAGGGCUGACGGGUCUCAUACACGAAGACAAAGAGUUGGCUGAACUUCGAGGGCUGGCCGCUGGAGUAGGACUGGCUAAUGCCUGCUAUGCGAUACAUACUCUUCCAACCCAAGAGGAGAUUGAAAGUCUUCCUGCCUUCCCUCGGGAAAAACUGACUCUGCGUCUCCUGUUGGGAAGCGGGGCCUUUGGAGAAGUGUAUGAAGGGACAGCAGUAGACAUCUUAGGGGCUGAAAGUGGAGAAACCAAAGUAGCAGUGAAGACUUUGAAGAAGGGCUCCACAGACCAGGAGAAGAUUGAAUUCCUGAAAGAGGCACAUCUGAUGAGCAAAUUUAACCAUCCCAACAUUCUGAAGCAGCUUGGAGUUUGUCUGCUGAAUGAACCCCAGUACAUUAUCCUGGAACUGAUGGAAGGAGGAGACCUUCUUACCUAUUUGCGUAAAGCCCGCAUGACAAAGUUUCAUGGUCCUUUACUCACCUUGGUUGACCUUGUAGAUCUGUGUGUGGAUAUUUCAAAAGGUUGUGUCUACUUGGAACAAAUGCACUUCAUUCACAGGGAUCUGGCAGCUCGGAAUUGCCUUGUCUCUGUGAAAGACUAUACCAGUCCAUCACGGGUAGUGAAGAUUGGGGACUUUGGACUCGCAAGGGACAUCUACAAAAAUGAUUAUUAUAGAAAGAGAGGGGAAGGCCUACUCCCCGUUCGGUGGAUGGCUCCAGAAAGUUUGAUGGAUGGAAUCUUCACUACUCAGUCUGACGUAUGGUCUUUUGGAAUUCUGAUUUGGGAGAUUUUAACUCUUGGUCAUCAGCCUUAUCCAGCUCAUUCCAACCUUGAUGUUUUAAACUAUGUGCAAACAGGAGGAAGACUGCAGCCACCAAGAAAUUGUCCUGAUGAUUUUUUGCACAACAGCCACACCACUCUUGAGAAGAAACGGGAUCAAAGGGCAACCUACUUCAAGUGCGAGUUCUUUGGGGUUCUGUGAUGGAUGUAUCAGAGGGGCAACUGGAAUUACUGGACGGUCUCUCAUACGUAGGAGGCAACAAUGGGAGAACAUGAAAGUUCACCAUCUUAUUUUUACCUCUUAAAAGAUAUGUACAUUUAGAUGCUAGCUGAGUCUCUCUGGGAUUGGGCAUAGUGAGUAAGAGAAUACUUACAAAACUGUAUUUUAUGUGCUUUGUUUCAAUUCCUAUGGAAAUUCAUCCCCUUAAUACUGAAAGAUGAUAUGAAAUUUUCAUCUGUUGAAUUUUGAUUGCUUUAUGAAUCCAAGGACUUUAAUACUCAUAGAGACCAAUAAUGCACAUGGCUAAUGAGUCUCAUGCUAUUUUAAAAACCCAUGAGGCAAAGAAGAGUAAAGGGUUGGCAUAGUGAAUGGAGGAAUUUGAACUUGAACAUUUAGCCAAGUGAGAUAUUUCAAGUAUGAGUGAGUAUUUUACCUAGCUAGAAAAACCAGGGUAGGGAAAUUUUUACAAAGUGAAUGACCUGUAAAUUUAUUUAAAGUAACAUUCUUGAAGAUUUGUAACUAAAACUUAGUGCAGGUAUCGAAUACAUGAUAUUGAAUUGUGACAAGUGCAUAUUUGUGAGGGAAGACCGGAUGCCAAACAUAUAGUUGUUAUUAAUUUAUCUGAAAGAUAUUAGAGAUCCAGUUUUUAAAAAAGUUUGUAUUUGUUUAUUUUGAGAGUGAGUGAGUGUAAGCAGGGGAGGGGCAGAGAGAGAAGGAGAGAGAGAGAGAAUCCCAAGCAGGUUCUGCACUAACAGUGCAGAGCCUGAUGUGAGGCUCAAACCCAUAAACCUCAAGAUCAUGACCUGAGCUCAACUCAAGAGUGGGAUGCUCAACCAACUGAGCCACUCUGGCACCCUAAGUAAUCCAUUUUUUAGAAGCUGUUAAAUUCAUAAAAGCCUUUUCAUUCCAUUGCCAGCUUAAUGCUGUUUCAGAGCACAGGUUGUACGCUUUACUUUUAAAUAACUGUUGCUUUAUAAAGCUCCUCUUUUCUUAAUCUAGAGCAAUUCCAUGUUCAUUCCUGGAUGGUGGGAGAGGAAGAUUUGAUAUACUAUCAGGUCAUAUAUUUUUGCCAUCAGAAAGUUUAGAAUAAUGAUUGGGUUCAAUGUAAAUGAAAGCAUCCAUAGAAGAAAGACAAGAGGAAAGUCUGUUUAAAUACUUUACAUGGAUUAAACAAGAGGCUGAAGUUUUGGAGGGUAGUGUGAGUGGAUGAGAAACAGACUAGCUAGGUGGCAACUGAAGGGAUGGCUUUCUUCCUUCCACUCUCCCUCCUUCUCCCUUUCCUUGUUCUGUCUCACUUUUUUAAAAAGUUUAUUUAUUUAUUUUUAGAGAGAAUGAGGGAGAGAGAAGGCAAGGGGCAGAGAGAGAGAGGGAGAGAGAAUCCCAAGCAGAAUCUGGUGUGGGGCUUGAACUCAGCAACCAUGAGAUCAUGAUCUGAGCUGAAACCAAGAGUCAGAUACUUAAUUAACUAAGUAACCAAGGCGCCCCAUUUCUUGCUUUGUCUUUUCUCUCCUAAAUAAUCUUCAUUAAGUAUCUUGAGUCCUUUGUAGAAACGAGACACCUUAUAAAUAAAUAAGUAAAAAAACUCCAUAAUUAAAAUAUGGCAAGUCUUGAAAGAUUCUACUUACAUUUUGGCAAUAACUUUGAAUCACAACUUUAUUUUCAGAAGGGAUAUGAUUCCUGUGGUGAAUUAGACUUUCUCCUCAAGAUUCUACUUUAAAUAUUGGUUUAAAUUUCAUGAUUCCAUAUAAGUUGUACUAUUUUAUUUCAGAGUCUAAUCAUCCUUCAUUCAAAUCUUUGUAUCAUCCCUAUUUUUAAAUGAGAGGUUAUAAAGAAAUAUGUAAAAGGUAGGUUCUCGGCUGUGAUUCUCAUUUUUAAGAAAUAGAGUCAAGUUUCACAUUCUAUAUCCAGAAUGUAAAUUCCUUGUAAUAUAUGUGAAGUUGUCAGAUGAAUACUGGAAAAUCGACCAAUAUUAGAUUUCCCCAUAAUACUCUGAUUUUGAGUACUAACUCUGACCUGAAGUGCUUGUCAAGAAAUGAGACAGAAGUGGACUUUGCACCAUACUAUAAGGGAAUGGAGAUUCCAUUAUAAUUUCUAACAUAGACACUAGCUACUUUGAGUACAGUACCUGUAAUGAUUUCUUGGUCAUUGUCGUCUAGUGAUUGGAUACAUCCUUAGUCUACUACCAUUGCCAUUACCUUAGUCCAUACCUUCAUGAUCUCUCACUUUGUCUUCUUUAAUAACUUCUUUGCUUCUAACUUUCCCCUCUACAACUCACUCUCCACAUAUAUUAGCUGGAGUAACUUCUUUAAGAAUGUAAGAUCAUGCCUUCUUAAAAACCUUCAACAGCUUCCCAUUGUAGUGCCAUAAAAUCCGACUCCUAGUCUGGCCUGUGAGACCUGCAUGAUUUCUCCUUCCUCUUCCGAUCUCCUCUCUUAACACUCUCCCCCUCCAAUGACUGCUCUUCGGCCAAGCUGGCUUUCUUUCAGAUUCUAAAAUGAGCCACGUUCUUUCCUAAUUUAGGAAUUUACACAUGUUUUUCCCUCUUCUAAUGUGUUCCCUGACUCCCAUCCCCACCCUAUUCCCGUGACUAGCAUCUUAUUUUCCUACGAAGUUCUUUGGCUUAAAUGUCACCUUUUCAGAGUGUCCUUCUGACAGCAACUUACUAAAAAUGUUCCAUCUCUAUUAGAUCUCACAUUUGUUU